UUAUUCCUAUACACUACUGCUCAUUUGGCGAUUGGAGCCAGCGCAACGGUUUAUAGGACCACACCAGCGACAAGGCUCAGCACAUAGAAUCAAAAGUAAAGGAGAUUUUUUUUCAAGAAAAGGAAAGUUUAAAAAAUGCAAGUGCUCGCUGGCAAGAAACGCGUGUGAAGUUUUUCAAAACUGUCCGGCAUCAUGAGCCGACUGUCGUGCUUCGGUGUUCUUCUCAGAGCGUCUAUUGUCUUAUAUCUGUUUCUCAAAUGCUCAGAAGCUCAAUUGCCUGAAGUCAUCAUGAACCUUACAGCCUCUGAAAUCACAACAUCAUCUGUGUCUCUGAGCUGGACUGAACCAUUGGGAAACAGCUCCUUCUUCAGAGUAGAAUGGACUGAUGGCAAAACCAAUGGCAGUCAGAAUACCCCAGAAACCUCUUUUAAUGUUACUGCUCUCACUGCUGGAGUGCAGUACCUCUUCACAGUCACUGCAGUGGCUGGAGAUAACACAACUGUAGGACAGAGCAAGACAGUUUCUAAGUAUACAAAGCCCGCAAUCAUCAGAAACCUCAUGUCCACUGAAAUCACAACAGCAUCUGUGUCUCUGAGCUGGACUGAACCAUUGGGAAACAGAUCCUUCUUCAGAGUAGAAUGGACUGAUGGCAAAACCAAUGGCAGUCAGAAUACCCCAGAAACCUCUUUUAAUGUUACUGCUCUCACUGCUGGAGUGCAGUACCUCUUCACAGUCACUGCAGUGGCUGGAGAUAACACAACUGUAGGACAGAGCAAGACAUUUUCUAAGUAUACAAAGCCCGCAAUCAUCAGAAACCUCAUGUCCACUGAAAUCACAACAGCAUCUGUGUCUCUGAGCUGGACUGAACCAUUGGGAAACAGAUCCUUCUUCAGAGUAGAAUGGACUGAUGGCAAAACCAAUGGCAGUCAGAAUACCCCAGAAACCUCUUUUAAUGUUACUGCUCUCACUGCUGGAGUGCAGUACCUCUUCACAGUCACUGCAGUGGCUGGAGAUAACACAACAGUAGGACAGAGCAAGACAGUUUCUAAGUAUACAAAGCCCGCAAUCAUCAGAAACCUCAUGUCCACUGAAAUCACAACAGCAUCUGUGUCUCUGAGCUGGACUGAACCAUUGGGAAACAGAUCCUUCUUCAGAGUAGAAUGGACUGAUGGCAAAACCAAUGGCAGUCAGAAUACCCCAGAAACCUCUUUUAAUGUUACUGCUCUCACUGCUGGAGUGCAGUACCUCUUCACAGUCACUGCAGUGGCUGGAGAUAACACAACUGUAGGACAGAGCAAGACAGUUUCUAAGUAUACAAAGCCCGCAAUCAUCAGAAACCUCAUGUCCACUGAAAUCACAACAGCAUCUGUGUCUCUGAGCUGGACUGAACCAUUGGGAAACAGAUCCUUCUUCAGAGUAGAAUGGACUGAUGGCAAAACCAAUGGCAGUCAGAAUACCCCAGAAACCUCUUUUAAUGUUACUGCUCUCACUGCUGGAGUGCAGUACCUCUUCACAGUCACUGCAGUGGCUGGAGAUAACACAACUGUAGGACAGAGCAAGACAGUUUCUAAGUAUACAAAGCCUGCAGUCAUCAGGAACCUGACUGUCACUGAAAUCACAACAUCAUCUGUGUCUCUGAGCUGGAUUGAACCAUUGGGAAACAGCUCCUUCUAUAGAGUAGAAUGGACUGGUGGCAGUAGACAUAUGAAUACAACUACCAAUGUGACAGCCUUUAAUGUAACUGAGCUGACUGCUGGAGUGAAGUACACAUUCAGGGUCACUGCAGUGGCUGGUGAUAAUAUAACUAAAGGAAAAGCUCAGGAGAAAGCACUCUUUACAAAACCUGCAGUCAUCAGGAACCUUACUGUCUCUGAAAUCACAACAUCAUCUGUGUCUCUGAGCUGGAUUGAACCAUUGGGAAACAGCUCCUUCUAUAGAGUAGAAUGGACUGGUGGCAGUAGACAUAUGAAUACAACUACCAAUGAGACAGCCUUUAAUGUAACUGAGCUGACUGCUGGAGUGAAAUACACAUUCAGGGUCACUGCAGUGGCUGGAGAUGAGAUGACUGAAGGCAAAAAUAUCAGUGUUUCACUCUUUACAAAGCCUGCAGUCAUCAGGAACCUGACUGUCACUGAAAUCACAACAUCAUCUGUGUCUCUGAGCUGGAUUGAACCAUUGGGAAACAGCUCCUUCUAUAGAGUAGAAUGGACUGGUGGCAGUAGACAUAUGAAUACAACUACCAAUGUGACAGCCUUUAAUGUAACUGAGCUGACUGCUGGAGUGAAGUACACAUUCAGGGUCACUGCAGUGGCUGGUGAUAAUAUAACUAAAGGAAAAGCUCAGGAGAAAGCACUCUUUACAAAACCUGCAGUCAUCAGGAACCUUACUGUCUCUGAAAUCACAACAUCAUCUGUGUCUCUAAGCUGGAUUGAACCAUUGGGAAACAGCUCCUUCUAUAGAGUAGAAUGGACUGGUGGCAGUAGACAUAUGAAUACAACUACCAAUGAGACAGCCUUUAAUGUAACUGAGCUGACUGCUGGAGUGAAAUACACAUUCAGGGUCACUGCAGUGGCUGGAGAUGAGAUGACUGAAGGCAAAAAUAUCAGUGUUUCACUCUUUACAAAGCCUGCAGUCAUCAGGAACCUGACUGUCACUGAAAUCACAACAUCAUCUGUGUCUCUGAGCUGGACUGAACCAUUGGGAAACAGCUCCUUCUAUAGAGUAGAAUGGACUGGUGGCAGUAGACAUAUGAAUACAACUACCAAUGUGACAGCCUUUAAUGUAACUGAGCUGACUGCUGGAGUGAAGUACACAUUCAGGGUCACUGCAGUGGCUGGUGAUAAUAUGACUGAAGGAAAAGCUCAGGAGAAAGCACUCUUUACAAAACCUGCAGUCAUCAGGAACCUUACUGUCUCUGAAAUCACAACAUCAUCUGUGUCUCUAAGCUGGAUUGAACCAUUGGGAAACAGCUCCUUCUAUAGAGUAGAAUGGACUGGUGGCAGUAGACAUAUGAAUACAACUACCAAUGAGACAGCCUUUAAUGUAACUGAGCUGACUGCUGGAGUGAAAUACACAUUCAGGGUCACUGCAGUGGCUGGAGAUGAGAUGACUGAAGGCAAAAAUAUCAGUGUUUCACUCUUUACAAAGCCUGCAGUCAUCAGGAACCUGACUGUCACUGAAAUCACAACAUCAUCUGUGUCUCUGAGCUGGACUGAACCAUUGGGAAACAGAUCCUUCUUCAGAAUUGAAUGGACUGGUGGCAGUAGAGACAUGAAUACAACUACCAAUGUGACAGCCUUUAAUGUUACUGCUCUCACUGCUGGAGUGCAGUACCUCUUCACAGUCACUGCAGUGGCUGGAGAUAACACAACAGUAGGACAGAGCAAGACAGUUACUAAGUAUACAAAGCCUGCAGUUGUCCGCAACCUCUAUGUCUCUGAAAUCACAACAUCAUCUGUGUCUCUGAACUGGACUCAACCAGAGGGAAACAGCUUCUUCUAUAGAGUAAAUUGGACUGGUCCCAGUAUUAGUCAGAAUGUCCCAAAAACCUUCACUACCAUUACUGGGCUGACUGCUGGAGUGCAGUACACCUUCACAGUCACUGCAGUGGCUGGAGAUAACACAACUGUAGGAGAAGACAGUCAAAUAAUCACUUCAACAAAGCCUGAACAACCUGUGGACAUUGUGGCUACGAGACGAGGAACCAGUCAGCUGAAUGUGACAUGGACCUUGCGUAACGGGAGUGCGGACUACUACAGCGUGAACAUAUUUAAUGCUGCUUUGAACUAUACAUCCAGCAAUACCACACAGACCAGGGAGGCCAGCUUCACUGGGUUACAGCCUGGGAGGGUUUAUGAAGUCACAGUGACUGCUGUAGCUGGAGACUUUAGGAACCAGUCUGCUCAGGUCCAGUUAGCCACCAAUCCCAACCCACCUGGACCCCUCACCAUCACAGAGAGGACAACCAGAUCCCUCGUUGUCCAAUGGACAACCCCGGGUCUAAUGAUUGGAGUGCAAGGCAUCUCCUAUAACAUCAGCUACCAGCUUAAUGGGACUGGUUUAGGAGAGAGAAACCAGUCUCCCUCUACCACUAGUCUCAGCAGUAACCUGACCUCUCUGUCCUCUGGGACUUGCUACACCAUCACAGUGAAAACCAUGGGACCUCAGAAUCUAGAAAGCACCAGUGUUUAUGCAUCGGAAUGUACCUUACCCAAACCAGUGGUGAACCUCACAGCCACCCCGUUGUCCAACUCCUCAUGUAAGCUACAGUGGACUGACCCCGUGGAGGUUAAGAACUACUACACCUAUAGAGUCCAGUACAUAAAGGCUACAGGCCCUGUACCGAAAACAGUCAGUACCAACUUCACACAAGUCAAUGACCUAGAACCUGGGACUGGCUACAACUUCACUGUUACCACGGUAGCAGCAACAGGAAGCGAAGGAACUCCAGAACGCACGUUCUGUAACACUAAGCCCAACGUGGUCAGUAACCUCACGUUUGAGGGUCUGAACACAACCGCUAUCAGACUUUCCUGGCUCAAGCCAAAUGACCACAAACCAACCUACUCCUAUCUGGUGACCAUCUACAAGAAUGGUUCUGUGGUAGAGAUCUCAACCAUGGUCGAGAUGUACACCUUCACCAAUCUCACUCCUGGGAACUGUUAUAACUGCUCUGUGGUCACGGUCGUCCAGGAUGUUAAGUCUGAUUCAACGGAGACGAUAAUCUGCACAAAACCUGCGGUGGUGAAAAACCUCAUCGCUAUAGGAACAACAACCAACAUGAGUGUGACCUGGUAUAGACCUAUGGGACAGGUGGACAACUACACCGUUACUAUCUACAAAAACAAUGUGAUGGAAGACAACCGUACCAUCACCAACAACUAUCUAUCAGUUGUGUUCCAGAACCUGAAGCCAGGGAAAGUCUAUGUUGUCAAAGUGGCCACCAAUAGUGGACCACUCACUGAGGCACUAAAUGUUACAAAUGCAACGUAUCCCAACCCUCCUGGAGGCAUCAUGGUGGUGGACCAGACUACUGGUUCCAUCAACAUCAGCUGGGCCCGACCCCUGGACAUGGACCUAGGUCAGUACAGCUUCUCUGUGUUCCAUCUGGACCGGCAGAACCUGACGGAACACAACUGGACCCUCCUGAAGAACCUCCAGUCUGGAACACUCUACAACAUCUCUGUGGUAACUGUAGGGCCGUUUGACUACCAGAGCACAGUGGUGACGACGGCCAACUCUACCAGGCCCCAGUCUGUGAUCAGACUGAUUGAGGCAGGAAUCACAACCACCAGUGUGACUCUAGUCUGGUUUCAACCAGAGAGCAAACCAGGCUACACCUUCAGAGUGGAGGUCACCAACCAGUCUGUCACCACCAACACCACCAUGAAAACCAUCACCGGGGUACAGUCUGGGAGCAACUACACCACCAUCACUGGGCUACAGUCUGGGAGCAACUACACCUUUACAGUGACAACACUCACAGGGGACGGCACCAUGGCAACCCCGGUGACGGUGUCUUAUUUUACAAGACCAUUCGCCGUUAGUGGUUUGGUAGCCUCUACAGUAAACACAACCACUGUGAAUCUGACCUGGACCAAACCACCUCAGUACCAGAGUGGUUACACAUACCGUAUCCAGACUGAGGGGUGCAUGUCCUCUCCCACAAACCGCACCACGGAGACAGGAGAGGGGGACCUCAUCUCAGAACUCACACCAGGAACCAGAUGCACCUUCAGUGUUUCCGUCAAGGCACUGAACAGCAUAGAGGGAGAAUCCGUCUCAACCUCUCAGUACACAAAGCCCGAGUCUGUCAAUAUGUUCAUCUACAACAAUGGUAGCAACAGUACCAUAGUGGUGCGCUGGGAAGCGCCCAGAGGAAACGUAGAUCAUUAUAUCGUCUAUCUGAACAAGGUCCUUUUCUCAGAUUUGCUGAACUCCAGCAAUCGGUCAACAUCCUUCCUUAACCUGUCAGCUGGCAGAAGCUACACAGCCGUGGUGACCACUAUCAGUGGGCCCUUCAACGCUUCAUCAGAAGCUGGAACUACAGCAACUUAUCCCAACCAGCCUGGGCCCAUCCUGAUCUUGGAGAAGACCACUAGUUAUAUCUCUAUGGAGUGGGGUGAAGCUCCUCUGAUGGCCAGCACCACCUUCAGUUACCUAGUGACCUACCUUUCAACGCAACUAAAUAACAAGACGGUCACUCUGACAAACACAAGUCACACACUGCCCAGUCUGUCCUCUGGAACACCCUACAAUAUCUCUGUGGCUACAGUGGGAGUGCUAGGGCUCCAGAGUGAGAAGGUCUGGAGCAGUUUGGUCACGACCAGACCAGAGAGUGUCCAGUCUCUCAGUGUAGUGACAGCAGAGGAGAACAUAACAUUGACCUGGAACAAGCCUGUGGAUCACAAACCAAGCUACCACUACUAUGUGAUCUGGAUCAACUCUGGGUUAAUCAUCAGUGACACAACCACACUUAUGGAAGACCUAAUCAUCAAUCAACUGGUUCCUGGUAGUCUGUAUAAUUUCACUGUGACAACAGAGACAGCUGAUGGAACAAAGGGAGCUCCAGUCUCAAACUCCAUCUGCACCAAUGCCAGCCCUGUGUUCAACCUGAAGUGUGACUCUCCUAAUGACCCCAAGGUGGUCCUGUCCUGGACCAAACCCAAAGGUCUGAACCAGGGCUUCCAGAUCACUGCUUAUGAAACCAACCAACCCACCCAGGACCAGGCACACUAUAACACUAGUGGUGACUGUACGCCAGCCUGUGGCCACACAGUCUCUGACCUUAAGCACAAUACAGACUACACCCUGACUGUAACCACACUGGGCUGUGGGAGUUCCAGCACCAUCCAAACCCUCACCUGCAAGACUGGCGUUAAUGCUGUCAUCGGUGUGGCUGUCGGGGUAACGAUUGGAGUUUUUGCCAUCCUCUUCAUCAUCACCAUUGCCUUAGUCAUCCACUGGAGGAGACAACCCAAGAAAGACACUUCAGACAUCCAGAUUCACUCCAUGAGAAGCGUGGCCGUGAGGGUGGAGGACUACGAGGCUUAUUACAAGAGGCAGAAAGCAGACUCCAACUGUGGUUUCGCCGAGGAGUUUGAGGACCUGAAGCCAGUGGGAACAGCCCAAGCUACAACCAGUGCUACGGCCCCGGAGAACAAGCCUAAGAACCGCUACAACAACGUGAUUCCCUAUGAAUCCUCUAGAGUGAAACUGUCCAUCCAUGGGAGUCCAUUCGAUGACUACAUCAAUUCUAACUACAUCCCGGGUUACAACUCCAGGAAGGAGUUUAUUGCGGCCCAAGGUCCGUUGCCCGUCACCGUCAAUGAGUUCUGGAGGAUGAUCUGGGAGAAGAACGUCCAGACUCUGGUCAUGCUGACACGCUGUAAUGAACAGGGACGAGUGAAAUGUGAGAAAUACUGGCCAUCUGAGACCAAGCACUUUCAGAAUAUCACUGUGACAACAACCUCUGAGAUCCCCCUAGAAGACUGGACCAUCAGGGAUUUUGACGUAAAAAAUGUGAGGACAGCAGAGACACGCUCGGUGCGUCACUUCCACUUCACAGCCUGGCCGGACCACGGCGUCCCCGAGACCACGGAGCUGCUCAUCAACUUCAGACACCUGGUCCGAGAGCACAUGGACCAGUACUCACGCCAUUCCCCCACCGUCGUCCACUGCAGUGCGGGUGUGGGUCGUACAGGUACCUUCAUAGCCAUCGACCGGCUGAUCUUCCAGAUAGAGAGGGACAGUAUGGUGGACGUGUACGGCACCAUCCACGACCUGCGCAUGCACCGGCCCCUCAUGGUUCAGACCGAGGACCAGUAUUUGUUCCUAAACCAGUGUGCCAUAGACAUAAUCCGAUCCAGAACUGGAACCAACGUGGACUUAAUCUACCAGAACACGGCUGCACUCACCAUCUAUGAGAACGUAGAACCCAGGAAAGAUCCAGCUAAGAAUGGCUACCAUAACACAUAGGCCUCACGUCCACUGCUCUGUCUCUCCCAUCCUCCCGUCUCAGUCAGACAGGCCUGUAGAGAAGGGUUUAGAAAAGGGAUUGUUCACUCUCACUGAUCAUGUUGCCUUACACUGUAGUUAAAAAAAAAAAAAUGUUUAAUCAAACUGGUUUUCUAGUAUUUAUUUGGUCACGUUUUAUGAUAGUUGGAAAAAUAUCAUGGAAGAUAACGGUUUGUUGAGAGGAACGGAUGCACAAAUUCCAUCCAAAGACCAAUAAUGGAAUGUACAUCAAAUUAUAUUUUAGAGAUGUAAUUCUUAUAUUUCCUUAUUUGUAUAUUGCUGCUACUUCUGAAUAUCUGCUUAGUCUCUUCUUAUGAUUGUAAUGCCAAUGUUGUAAGAAAUGAUGUGUGGUUAAACUGAAUGUGCCAUACCUUUGUAAUCCAAAUCAAAGCUUUAUAUAUUGAUAUAAUAAUGUAAUGCAGAUGUAGAUUAUUGUUAAAUGAGACCAAUGUUAAGUUGAAAAGUAUCUCCAGCUUUAGGUAUAGGAUCAGCACCCAACAUAACUGCCCUACGAAACAACCUCCCCUCUCUUCUGUGCCCUCUUUCGCUUUGGGUAUAGGAUCAGCACCCAACAUAACUGCCCUACGAAACAACCUCCCAUCUCUUCUGUGCCCUCUCAAGUCUCCAAUAAGUGGUGUAAUACAUUUGUAUUUGUAUUUUUAAGGAUCCCCAUUAGCUGCUGCCAAGGCAGAAACUACUCUUCCUGGGGCCCGGCAAAAUGAAGUCAGUUAUACCAUUUUUAAAACAUUACAAUACAUUCCUUUUCAUGUGACAGGAUAAGUACAAUGCACUGUUUUAGAGGAAACGAGAACUACUCCUGACAAUAGGCCUAUGAAUGUAUUAUUUAAUAUUAGAUGGUCAAAGUCACAUGUUAACUUUUCACUCCAGAUCAUUUUGAUAUCUAAACAAGUUUAAAAUGAGGAUUUUCGUGAGAACUUUUGUGCUUCCUACACCCUGUUCUGCAUAAUGCACCGGAUGCAUUUAGGUUUUUACACUGUAGCUUUUUAAAUUCUCUUCUUGAUGUUUUAUUAUGGUUGCUGUAAAUAUUCUUAUGAUCAUGAGAAAUGAUUGCGAAACUGCUGUGAGAACCUGUGGUCCUCCUCCGCUGUUAAAACCCACUUUGUGCAAUAGCAAAUUUCCAUUCACACGUCAGUCUGUAAACUCAGCUCCUCUCUCAGUAACUCGGAGGUUACACAUUAUGAACCGUCUCCCUACUGUUUGUUGUUUCCCUAAUGUGUGUUCUAUAGAAAGUGGUGCAUGUAAUGCUGUGCAUACUGUCUAUCUGUGGUGCUUCUAUCAUAGAAGCAGGAAAACAGUUUUCCCAUGAGGCGAUUUCCCCUUUUUCUAACUAUGUGGUUAUAUAUACUGUAUGCAUGGGCCCAGUCCAAAACCAACCUCUACUUCCUAAAGAGCAGGAUUUGUUAAAUCAAUGACGGUAUUGGUUCUGUCUAGCUAUCUACACAAGUGACCAUAAAGGCCUAAGGGCUAUGGAUAUAAGGGGUGUUUCUGGACAUAGGUCAUAGAUUUACGGCUGUGAUUGAUGUAAAGCCACUAUGCUGAUAUUGUUUUACUGUCUUUGUAUCACAAUGCACAUUGCUUAAGUUCUUCAAAGCACUUAUUUAUAUUGAUCACAUUACUCAGUGGAGCUCAUAAGCAAAGCAGACUCCGCCAAUAGUCUUCGUCAAGAGUUUUAGGAUUUUUUUUACGAUGCUGUGUGAGAUACUAUGUGAUGCUUGCUGGUACAAUGCAAAAAAAGGAAAAGGUGAAUAUUUUUGUAUCCUUCCAUCGGUCAAUACUGUGAUUAAACAUGUUACACUUUUCUCUCUACAA